GUUUACACCCCAUUUUCUUGUGGCGUUGGUAGAGUUUGCAUCACCCGAGGUUCGAUUUUAUGCUAGGUUUGUGCAUGUUUUAGCAUGUUUCAAGUUUUAGCAUGUGGAAUUGAACUCGAGAGCGAAAGUCGAACGAAAGAGGGCGAAAGUGGAUCGAAAGGAACAAAAAGGCAAAAUCACAAGCAAGGGGAGAUUCUCAUGGGUUGCAGACCGUGAAGAUUCGCCAGUGACCGUGAAGAUCGAAAACUUCCAGGAGCAUUUGCACGCCUCGCGGACAAGUCAAUUGUCACGGUCAGUCGAUCAUGAAAAUUUUUCCUAGACCGUGAAUGAUGCAUUUUUGCCCGACGUCAUGGGAAGGUCUCCAAAAUCACGCCCGUGACAUCUGCCCGACGGGAGUAUAAAAGGAGUAGAAAGCUGAAACCAAAAGGAGAGAAAUCCUAGUGAGAGAAAGGUCUUCUUCAGAAACUAGAGAGAAAACUAACAAACAAAUGAAGAAGAAGAGGACUAGGAUUUGCUCAAAGCUAGAGGACUGAAGAUUUUCAUCUCUCUAGGGUGUUUCAACAACGAGGAAGAAAGACAAACAGCCCAACAUGGUUCUUUCUCUCCUCUUUAUUGUAAUCCCUAGACUAAAUAUGGAGUACUUCUCCUUUUCACUUGGGUAUUGUGAACCCUACCCUUAGAGAUGUAAUAGUUUGUAUGGAUUGAAUGUUAUGUGUGUGGGUUUGUGUUUCAUGGCUCAUGAUGAGAGCACAUCAUCUCGAACCUCUCGUCCUCGCCAAGGUCAAAAGAAGAAAACAAGAAAAUCCAAAUCAAAAGAAGUGCUUAUUGAAGAACCUCAUUCAACCUCACAUCUUCAACAUCCAUCAAGGAUACUCCAUCAAGAUGAGCAAGCAAAUGUGGAAGGCAGCGUUGAACACAUCACUCACUACUUUUUGGAAUACAUGCUCGAGCAAUUCAAGAGCAAGCUUCUAUGGUUUCAAGGAUUACCUCUAGGAGAAAGUUCUUGUUUCAAUUGGAUCAUUUUCGCCCAACUCGGAAUUGAAGAUGCAAUCUGCUCUAAAGUACAAAAGUUGGAAUGACUCAAGUUGCUCUCUAUUGAAGAAAAUAUAUAUCGGGUUCUUGUUCUAGAGUUUAUCAGUACUCUCACUAUUCGAGAUAUGAGGGGUGUCGACGACCUUGAAGAUAACAUCCAGUUUCAACUCGGAGGAGAACAUCGCCAUAUGUCGAUCUAGGAGUUCACUAGAGCGAUGGACAUCUACACGACAGGUUUCAUUGAUUCAUUUAAUGACUUUGCCACCUUGACAAGGGAAUCCGACUUCCCUUGUUUCAAGACAUUUUAUGAGAAUGGAGUCAAGAAACAGGAUAGUCGAUAAUGGGAUGUAAAGUUACUAGUGAGGUGAAGCCAGAGUGGAGGCUCAUACACCACGUGAUCGCUAGAUCCGUGGGAGGGAAGAACCGGAUCAAAGAAAACCUAACUACUCGAGACGUCACCUAGUUUCAUAGCAUGCAUCUUCCACGAUCUCUUCAUCUUGGGUUGUCUAUCUUAUCUAUAUUCAAGCACUACGAGUAAUGAUCACCGACUUGCCACACUUUACGGAGGAGUGUUUGUCAACCUACUUGCCAUAUAUUUCCAAGUUGACUUCGGAGCCGUACAAUUUUGAAUGGAUAGCCGGACCGUUCCUGUGUCCUUCGAGGUUUUGAAGUCAAAGCUUAAGGUGCUACACAUGAGCAAUGAUGGCAUUUGGGGGUUUCAAGGAUUCCCAUUUCCGACCAUCAAUACUUUGGAGAUGGAAAGGAGAAAUUUUCGUCUUCCAAAAGUUAGAAUGGCAAGGGACCGAAGAGGUUUGGAAACCGAGGAAGAUCAAGAAGAGAGAGUGCAUGAAGGAGGAGAGGCUCUUAUUCCAACUCUUCAACCAAUUCACCCACCGAGCAACAAUGCAAUAGAUUAUAGGAUUGAGUCGAUGAUAGCGGCCAUCCUUCACAACCAACAGAGUGAGAAGGAGGCGCGACCCCACAUCAUGGUGUGCAUCCAAACGAUCAGGGAGAAGAUGAACAUUCCGAUCGACGAUGCACCGACCACAUUCAACCGCUUCACUUCUCCAAUACCUCUACACGAUGAAGAAGAAGGACCCUCCGAGAAGGAAUGAGUUCUAGGCGUCCAGGGCAUACGUUCUAUCUUUUCUUUUUAUUUGCUUUUCUUUAUUUCAAUUAAAACAAAUUUUAAUUAUCGCAUAAUUUUCUUUGUACUUUUCAUACUUUAAUUACUCUAGCACUAGUAGUAGUGAUACUUUUUAUGUAUAUAUAUCGUACCUAUAAAUCCUAUUUGUCUUCUUCUUUAUCUUACGCGCUUCAUCGUUGUGCAAAACCACCAGGAGACCAAAGACUACACUUGUGAGCCUUCACCAACCCACAACCCGAUUAAUGGUAACAUUCACGAUUUUUUCUUUGGAAACUCCCACAUUGAUGACAAUGUGUUGCUCAAGUGUGGAGGGGAUGUUUGUGUUUGUUUGCAUGUCUAUCAUGAUUGGUCGAACUGUUGAUUGCUAGUAUCUUCCCUCGUUUGUGAAUGUAAGAUGUUGAUAAACGCUUGUGGGAGUGUGUGCUAGUAAUCGUUUUUAUGUUGUGGUGAUGAAUGGUGAAUUUUAGUGUUUUUGGAAACUUGAACGCUACACCCAAUUUUUUUCAAAUUUGAGGGUUCCAAAACACCUUGUGCUUGCAAUUACCUACUCGAUGUGCUUUGACUUGAUUAGAUUGAUUGAUGUGUGGUGCAUCUUAGGUGAUAGUUGCUUAGUUUGAGUAUCAGUACGUGAGGGAUUCUACUACUUUCUUCCUCUUUUGUGAGUCGAUAAUGUUUGCUACCUUAGGAAUACAUUGUGUGCGGGAUUCUCUCCUUUGUGUGCACUAGGAACGUUUACAAUUUGUGUUUAAGAAUAGGAAAAGAGGUUCUCACGUGAGUGGCAAGCGAGCAAAGAAUUGAGAUCAACCGUUAAAUAAUUGUUCUCUUGGCUCGGAGUGCCCUUCGAGAUGUGUUUGGGGAUCAGAUAGCUUUACCGCGUCACGACCACCUGUACUAUCUACCAUCCCCCAAACACCUCUCCUCCUCACGGAAUCAUAUGCUAAGGACCAAAGGUACCUUUUAGUGAUUCACGAGACCUCAUAGCUCUCGUUUGUACCCGACAUGUAUGGCAACCCAAUGUGGAGUGCAGGCUGGGAUGUGGUGCUCGGGCUAAGACGAAUCUGACCAUCAAACUCCCUACAUGUGACCUUGGAAGAGAAGACUAUGAUUCAUCCGCUCUUGGUCAUGAGGGAGAGAUGCUAUUAUGCAAUGAAAAAAAUAGAAAAAGUUUUGUGCAAUGUGCAUGAACGAAGAAAAAGGAGACAGAAAAAUGACAACUCCUACAUAAAAAAAAGGAAUAAAAGCACCUCCAAUAGUUCUAGUAAUUGUUUGUUGUUUGAGAAUCCCCCGAAGCACAUUUUUUAUGAUCGACCUAAGGUAUUAGAUAUGGUCCUCACACGAGAGUUUGUGCUAGAACAGUAGGAAGGUAGUAGCGUUUAUUCAUCCCCGUAUACUCUCAUCUAUGCAAUGAAGAACUAGCAUGCAUACCUCAUUGAUUUUUCUAUCAUAUUGCAUAAGGUUUGAGUAGGUUUGCUUAGGGACAAGCAAACGCCUAAGUGUGAGAGAGUUUGAUAACACCAAACUUGGUGUUAUUUUCCCUACAUAUCUAGGUGUGUUUUGUGCCAAUUUAUGUGCUUAAAUGCUUGAACAUCGUCAAAUACAUCCCUAUUGCGCUCCUAUUUGAUUUUGAUGUGGUUUUAGGGUGUACCGGUAGAUAUGUGCGAAUUAGGUACAAAACAAGGUCACAAGUGUAGAGAAGGGACAAUAAUUGAAAAUCGUGGCCUAGAAGCCAAAGAUCAAGUCCGAGAUCACAAGCCGCGAAGGCCAGCUGAAGAUCGCGACCGCAAUCUUGGAGGCCCAAGGCGUGAACUUCGAGUGGAAGGAGCCUUGGAGAAGUAGAGAGUUUCCCCAGUCACGUCACGGUUAACGUUCAUCUUGCCCGCGAGGAAGAUCGCGGGCUCAACUAGUGAAUUGCGACCGCAAAUUCAGCCCGCGAUCUUCUCCUUCCCAAAGGCCUCGACGACUGCGUUUUGAGUUCAUGGCCAGAGACCAAAGAUCGCGCCCGCGAUCUCUUUACCUCAGGCCGCGAACUUUCCCGAGUCUAGAAUGCCUAUAAAUACAAGACCCUUAUACCCUUUGAGGGAAGCUGAUUUUGAUAGAAGCUGAAGGAAGGAGAAGAAGGAGGAGCUAGGAGCAAUGAGGCAUCUUCCCCAGCCCCAAGUCUUCUUAUAUUUCUACCAUGUAUCUUCUUCCCUCCUUUACGGAGUAGACCUUUAAGAUACUAGGGGUUCUAAAUCCCAAACCCUAGUAUUAGGGUAUACUAUGUAUAUAUGGAUAUUUUAGGGUUUGAAUGAAUGAAUGUGUUUGUCUAGUUGAUUUUAAUGUCACUCUUUCCUAAAUGAUGACACUUGGGUAAUUUGCCCUAAUCUUCCCUCUUAGCCUACUUUAUGCUACCGUGCUGGGUACAAAGUUCUAGGGUUAGACGGGAAUGCGCCAACUGGUGAGUUUAGGUUAGAUGUGUGAAUGGGGGCCUAUAGUGGUCGAGGCAACCGAACCCCUGCUAUAGGUAGCAUUCAUAGAUGAAUCCCGAGAUGAAACCUCGAUGUGGAAGGUGGAUAGUAUCUAUUGAAAUGAGUCAUAAGCUUAAUGCCCCAGAUACAAUAGCCUAGAUCGAGGUGACUGGAACAUGGGUUUUGGGGAGGCGUACUCGGAGGCGUGUGGAUAACCACGAAAGCCUACGGAAAAGAGCUCACCCUAAUCUAGGGGGAGGGAUAGUUCCCCGAAGUAUCUGCUUUUAGCUUUGAUCAAUCUCUAGACUAGUGUUUCCUCAUAUCCUCCACUCAAAACCUCAAAAACCGAUUAACUAAUUAGCAACUAGGUGGGAAGUAGGCUAGGGUACCAGGACCCGAGUAAAAUACGACCUUGAUUACCAAUAUACGACAAUUUCAUUCUAGGUUAAACUUGGCCUAAGAUGGGAUAUUUGUUGAUACGUGCUAACCUCUGACAAUAAACUGCACAUAUUCAAGUGAUCACAAGCCUGGAAGUAAAUUGUGAUUGAAUUC